AUGGGGAAGAUGGGCAACACCUGGAGGUGGGUGGAGACAAACACAGUAAAGAAGCCGAGAAUUUUAGAUCAAGACAUCAGAGAGAUCAAGCCAGAGGAGCUGUCUACGACCUGCCCAAAAGAGCCCUUCAUCAAAAGUGACAAUUCAGAGAUAUUCAAAGGAGAGUGCAACAAAUUCACAGUGGCCAUCAAAAGAUACACCUACUCAAGGAGCACAAGCCUGAGUCAGGUUAGAAGCGUCUUGAAAAAGGAAGUGGACACUAUGAAACGCUUAGAGUCACCAAACAUCCUGCAAAUGUUUGGGAUCUGUGUCCAGGAAGUGAGCGGACCCAAUCCAAACUACCUCAUUGUCAUGGAGUUUUGUGAGAAGGGCAGUCUGAGAGAGGUGCUGGAUUCCGAAAGGAAGCUGCCCUGGGACAGAAAGGCUCGCUUGAGUCUGGAUGCAGCACAGGGAAUCUACAGAUUGCACCAGUCGGAGGAGAAGUUUAAAGUGCAUGGAUGCAUCAACAGCAGCAGCUUCCUGGUAGAUACCGGGCACAGAGUGAAGCUGGCAGAUUUUGAGCUGGCCCAAACAGAGACGUCGCUGAAGAGGACUAAGGACAGGAAGAGGAGCUCCUUAUGCUACAGCUCCCCUCAGCAGCUUGAGAGUGUCAACCAUCCCUACAACAAAGCGUGUGAGAUGUACAGUUUUGGCAUUGUCCUUUGGGAGAUUGCAACCUGCAAGAUUCCCUUCAAAGACUGCUCACACAAAGAAGUGUAUCAGAGGGUGUGUACAGAAAAAUAUACUGAACCCAUUCUUGAAGACUGCCCUCAACCGUUGGGAGAACUGAUCAAGGACUGUCGCUCCUAUGACAGCUUCUACAGGCCGACAGCGGGAGUGUUGGUUGACAAACUGUGCAAUGUGGUGGAGCAGUUAGAGGAGGACUAACAAACACAGAGGUUCAUUUCCAUCUCCAAAGUUCUCAGAAACAUGGCCGGAGAAGAGAAAAACCAUGAACUGCUAUCAUCCCCACUCCUCGGGUCAAAGGAAGACCAACCAAUCCCUUGCCAAAACCUUUGUUUCUGGCAAACCUUUGGCCAAUUUGUCGCAAAUUUGCAGCAAACUCAUAUUUUCAAAGGGAAAUUUUUUGGGGCAAACUGUUGCUGUACAUUUGCGGCAAAGCGUGAACUUCUGGCAAAUAAUCUUGGGAAACUUGUGGUGAACAUUCUAUUGUUUGGGGCAAAUAUGCUGCAAACUCAAUAUGAAUAUGCGAAAUUGGAUCAGGUUUUUGGUUGCUGUGUGUUGACACUGAAAUGUUGUAUCUACAUAAAACAAGUCACAUAACUUAAAAUGAAGUUACUUCACAGAGAAAAACAACAUACUAAAUAAAUGUAGUAAAUAUGCUAAACAUGUAUUCAGUGUCUUAAACAGAUACAAAUAAAUCCAACUUUAAAUCAUUAGCAUGGUAAUGACGAAAAGAGCAAAGACUGGACAUUUCUCAAAUAAAUGCCUUCAAUGAAUUACAUACCUUUACAUCUGUACCUCUGUACCUCCCCCUUGGGGUGUGUGGGUGUGGAGUGUCUUUGAAGACCCCGUUUUACACUUGUUUCACCUUUACCCUUUAGAAAGAGUUCUCAGCUGUCCAUAUUUAAUGGUUAACAGGUAGGCUAAUCUAGGGGGUCCCUUACACACAAGGGAACUAUUAUGUACACAAGUAGAACCCCAAGUGUCUUUGAACCAACUGUUUAA